AUUGAAUAAGUUAUAACUUUAGAUCACUUUAGUUGAGGAAAAAAUAUGGCGCGAAAUAUUACCUCCUCAUGACGAUUAUUCAAGUCACGUGAUCAAUUCAAUAUGGCAGCGACCAGGCGGCUUCAGAAGGAAUUGGGAGAUUUAAGAAAGGCUGAUUUAAAAACGUUUAGAAAUAUUAUUGUAGAUGAAUCGAAUAUACUGAAAUGGGAAGGAUUAAUAGUUCCAGAUCAGGUUCCCUUCAAUAAAGGGGCGUUUAAAGUAGAGAUUAACUUCCCUGCAGAGUAUCCAUUUAAACCACCAAAAGUUACGUUCAAAACAAAAAUAUACCACCCUAAUAUUGACGAGAAGGGUCAGGUGUGUCUACCUAUCAUUAGUCCAGAGCACUGGAAACCAGCUACAAAAACAGAUCAAGUAAUACAAUCACUAAUAGCCUUAGUUCAGGAGCCUGAACCUGGCCACCCACUCAGACCGGACUUAGCUGAAGAAUUUACUAGGGAUAAGAAGAAAUUUUUUAAAAAUGCAGAUGAAUACACAAAAAAGCACAGCGAAAAAAGACCAACAGAUUAAAUGUGAUAAAUACAUAUAUUGACAAGGCAGUGAUUAAUUAAUUCCUUGGUUUUUAGUGCUUUCAACUUAAUUUAUGUUCUAGGAGAAACAUUUCUUAUAGUAUUGGAAACAGUUUUCAGUUGAAGCAAUAUUUUCAAAAUAAAGGGACUGAGAUUUAAAAGCUUAAGACUUACACAUAUCUAAUGACUUUUUAAUUUUCAGCACAAUAUUAAUGUACAAAGGGACAUGUACAUUGUAAUAUAUUGUUAUUAAUGAUUUAUAAAAUUAUAUAGGUUUGAUUUAUCUCCUAAUACAAAGGGGAACAAUUCAGUUCACCUUUGAUAUGAAGGAGUAUAAUUAAGUUCUCCUAUGAUUCAAAGGGGAAUAAUUCAGUUUAUUUCAAUGCAAAAUUACAUGCAACAUUUGUAAAGAAUGAAAUAAUAGAUUUUGGCAAAAUAAAUGAGUUUUUCUCUGAAAAAGCUGCAAUAGAAAAUGAAAAUGUAUGUAUACACACAAAGUUUCAUGUAAGCAACUAUAUAAGUGGUCUUAAUUGGUCUCACAAGAUACAAGGUCAAGGGGAAACAAUUCAGGUCUGUUCAAUUGCAAAAACAUUUAAAUUUUGCAAAGAAUGCCAUAAUAAAUUUUGGCAAAAGAUAGUAGUGGUCUCUUAAAAAUGAAAAGAAAAUGAUUUAUUGUGAAUUUUAUUGGAAAAUAAUGAAAUCUAGGAAUUAAUUGUCAAACUGUGGCAGUCUUUGUGUGAUUAUUUCAUAGCAUUGUGAUAUUUACCAAUUGUGUUAGUGAAUUAUCAGCAAGAUUAUUUAAUUUGAAUUUGAUUGAAGAUGUAUUUUUAAAUUAAGAAAAUGGAUGCUUCUGAAUUGUUAGUUUAAUGUACCUUUUGAUAGAAUAAAAAGAACUGUAUGGAUUAAGCCAAUUUUAGGUCAAAAAGUUCUUCAGGCAUCCAAAUAAAUCAUUCUUGGAGUUUGAAUUUUUCCAUAGUGAAGGCGCCCCUGAUGAAGGUUGAUCCAGAAGAGGUCUUUACGACACCAAAUUUAUAAUGUAUCAUUUUAAUUUUGCAAUGUAUCACUUUGCUAUGGUAUUAAUCCACAUUGACUGCACCAUAGCCUAUUGUCGUUUGUCUUUCUAAUUGGCAAUGUUUUACAUUUAUAUACAUAUGAAGAUGUCUUAGUAAUUGACUUGAUUUAUUGGUAUAAAAGAACAUUUUUUUGUUUUGUUUGUUUUUAUCUUUUUUGUCAGGAAUUUUUCUGAUUUAUGUUUUUUUUCCUAAGGAAAAGACCAGCAGUUAAUAACACCUGUUUUGUGACAUAUUUACUUUCCGUAUAACGGGCUAGAGAAAUUAUUCGAAGCUAUGUCCAUUUAUGUCUAAAAUAUUGAGAUUUUUUUUUAGAAGUAAAAUUUACAUGAAGUUAAUGUGUAAUGAUAAAGCCCAAGUUUCGUAUACUGUACUCCAUUAAGAGGUCUAACAAACAAUUUUGUGUAUUAUAAAGAAAGGAAAUUAUAGAUUUCAACAAAAACAGUGAAUAUAUAUAAGCUUUUCUGGAAAAUUGUUAAUUGAUCAUAUCUAUGCUAUUGCUUGUAAAGCUGGUUUAAUUUGUUUGGUGUCAACAGUUAUCUAAUCUGCUUGGUCCAAACUUGCAUCAAAUCUUUAGACCUUAUUGAGGUGAGCUUGCUUUGAUAAUUCUCCGCAUCCAUUUCAUUAAAUGACAAAUAAGUACAGUAGAAGUAUGUUGCUUUAGUAGUUUACAAAGGUUCAGUUACAACUGCAUGUUAGUAAAAUAAAUUAUGCUCUUCAGAGAGAGAGAAAUAACCCAUUGGUCAGAGAUUUACAGUGGCAUUAUCUUUAGAUCGGUUGUACUGUUUCCCACACAGAUUAUAAGCCUGCAGGGUUUUUGAAGGAUCUAUCAUGCUAGUUAAUUUUGGAGUAGGACAAGAGGCCCAGUUUUCUAGGGAAUAGUAAUAUGCCUGUGAAAUGUCCUGCAAUUUUUUUUAUAUUAGAUUGAUCAACAUUAGAAAUGUUUAAUAUUGAAUUGAUCAUCGACAUUUCAUUAAAUAGAAUGAGAAUAAAAGAUCUAUGAACCUCUACAUCAACAUCGAGAAUUUAAUAUUGGACCAUAUAUGCAUCAUAUUUAUAAUUUGUCUUUCUAUAUAUACCUGGUAUGGGUUUUGUUCAUCACAAUUCUGUAAAGUGGGAACUUUUUAGGAUUUGAAAAAGGCAAAUGAUUUCCACAAGACAUCAAAGUAUAAACCUGUAUGAUGAUUCUGUUGUCUUUAUAAUGUAAAAUAAUUUUGUUAAAGAAAAUGGAACACUUUAAUCUGGUUCUUUCCAAAUGCAAGAGGAACAUUUUAGAUCUAGAUAUAGCUAUUACAUAUAAAAUAUUUUUUGUUGUUGAAGUUGGUAUUUGUAAAAAUUUAUUUUUCUCUGUUGUAAAAUUUGAUUAAGAAGUUAUAUGACAUCUGAAAUGUGCAAAGAUGAGUCAAAAGAGAAUAUAAAAAUAAACUUUUGACAAUAAAAUUGAUUUUUUUACUGUACAAAUAUUUUGAUAUUUAUCAUUACAAAGUUCUCACUUUACAGUUUACAUGUUUUUCAUCUAAUUAGUUGUCUAGGAUAACUAUAGUAUCUUGAUUUCAAUCUGUCAAUGUAUCCACUUCUGUAUUGUGGGUUAUUUUCAUUCAGAUUCAUGGUUUCUGAUUCAUUAUUCAAUUCUGAUUUCCUGUUUACAAAAGUAUGAAUUACUAGGGAUUUUCUUAUCACAGGCAUACAUAAAGUAGUCGUAUUUGGCACAACUUUUUGGAAUUUUUAUCCAAAUGCUCUUCAACUUUGUAACUUUUUUGGCUGUAUAACUAUUUUGAUCUGAACAUCACUGAUGGGUCUUAUGUAGAUGAAACAUGCAUCUGAUGUAUUAAAUUAUAAGCCUUUGAUAACUAUCAUAACCUUGUUCAUUUUUCAUAUUGGUUAUUCUUAUAUUUAAAGAUGAAAUUUACAAUAAGGGUUAAUCUAAUGAUUUUAACACAAUGGCAAAAUAAACCCUGCUAAAAAAAUAUCUACCUAACAGUUAAAGAAAAGAGAUGAAAUGACUUGAAAAGAUGUCCUAUUGCAAUAUUGUUCCAUGACCAUUUUAUCUAUGAUAUUUAAGUUAGUUGUUUUGGUGUCACUGGCUUCAUUUCUGAAUUCAGUUCAUUGUUGUAUGUGAUAUUUGCCAACAAACAUUGUUAACAAACAUAAAAAAAUCAUGUGUCAAUUUCAUGUUUUUUGCUGUUAUCAUUUUGUUGGUUGAAAUUGUGGAAAAAAGAUACAGAAAACUUAAAAACAUAUUUACUUAUAUGAAAGUUACAAAUAGCUUGAUUAAGUUCCUUUAAUUCCAUAUUGAAGAUAGCCCUAGGAAUAAGAUGCUGUAGUAAUCCUAUGUCAAGUGUAAAAGAAGUGUGCUUCAUUCUUAAUAUUAAAAACUGUUGUGUUAGUGUAACUUUUUCUGUAUUUAAUAAAGCCAUUAUUUUCAUCUUU